AGGAUGACGCAUAAAUAAAAGCAAAGCAGAAAGUAACCAAAACAACAAAAGGAAUCAGGAAGAAAAGGAUUUUAUUUUUUUUAUUUUUUUAAUCUUUGAAGACAGACUGUAGUCGAAGUAACAGCUAGUUUCCAUCGGCUUCAAUUGAGCUUUCAAAGCUAAAACCCUAACCUCUUACUCCCCUUGUAUAUUUAUUGCCUCGCCGGUAACGAUUAGCAGUUUAGGGAAAGGAAAAAAUGAAAAUGAAGGUAGUGGCGCUGGUAAGCGGCGGCAAGGACAGUUGUUAUGCAAUGAUGAAAUGCAUCCAAUACGGUCACGAGAUUGUCGCAUUGGCAAAUUUAUUACCUGUUGAUGACUCGGUGGAUGAGUUAGAUAGCUACAUGUAUCAAACUGUUGGGCACCAGAUAAUUGUUAGCUAUGCGGAGUGCAUGGGAGUUCCAUUGUUCAGAAGGCGAAUACAAGGAUCCACAAGGGAUCAAAAGCUUAACUACAGGACAACUCCAGGUGAUGAAGUUGAAGAUAUGUUUAUUUUGUUAAAUGAAGUUAAAACACAAAUACCUUCUGUGACAGCAGUAUCAUCUGGUGCUAUUGCAUCUGACUAUCAAAGGUUACGAGUAGAAAGUGUUUGUUCAAGAUUAGGGCUUGUUUCUCUAGCAUAUUUAUGGAAACAAGAUCAGUCGAUGCUCCUUCAAGAAAUGAUAACAAACGGCAUUGUGGCUAUCACUGUAAAGGUUGCAGCGAUGGGGUUGGACCCGGCAAAGCACUUAGGCAAAGAAAUAGCUUUCUUGAAACCACAUCUGCACAAGCUGAAAGAGUUGUAUGGCAUUAAUGUAUGUGGUGAAGGAGGGGAAUAUGAAACAUUGACCCUUGACUGCCCUCUCUUUGUCAAUGCCAGAAUUGUGCUCGAUGAGUUUACAAUUGUACUGCACUCUUCAGAUUCUAUAGCUCCAGUUGGGGUCAUUCAUCCCUUAGAAUUUCACUUGGAAAAUAAGGAGAGGGCUGCCUUAUCAAGUGGUAAUGUCAAAACCAACAAUUUUUGCCAAGAAAAAACAGGUCCUGUGUUUGAAGUGCAAGUAGACUGCUCGAAAAGAAGUGAGACCACUUGUCUGACUAGCGCUGAAAUCCUUGAUAUAGCCGAAGUUAAACAUGAAAGACUUUGCAUCUCUAAAACACAGAAGGAUAGUACAUUUUCCAUAUCAUGCUGGCUGCAAGAUUCAGGCAAUACUUCUACAGCUUUGAACGAAGAUCUAAAGAUUGUUCUAAAGCACAUGGAAUCACAGCUUGCAAGAUAUGGUUUUGGCUGGGAGCAUGUCGUAUAUAUCCAUCUCUACAUUGCUGAUAUGAAUGAGUUUACUACAGCAAAUGAGAUGUAUGUUCGGUUCAUUACACAGGAGAAGUGCCCCUUUGGUGUUCCAUCCCGCAGUACAAUAGAACUGCCUUUGUUGCAAGUGGGUUUGGGAAAGGCAUACAUUGAAGUUCUUGUGGCAAACGACAAAAGCAAAAAUGUCUUGCAUGUACAAAGUAUUUCCUCAUGGGCACCUAGUUGCAUUGGCCCAUAUAGCCAGGCGACCUUGCAUAAGGAGAUGCUCUACAUGGCUGGACAGUUAGGAUUGGACCCUCCCACAAUGGCUCUAUGCAGCGGAGGCCCUGCUGCUGAGUUAGAACAGGCACUAGAAAAUAGUGAAGCAGUGGCAAAAUGCUUUCACUGUUCAAUAUGUAGCUCUGCUGUUCUCUUUACCAUUUACUGUUCGAAACAAAUUCCAUUGUCAGAUAGACUUAAGAUUCAGGAGAAGCAAAAUUCUUUUAUUAAGCAGAUGAGAAUGCUUGAACUACAAGAAGGAAACACACGUAAAGUCCUUGAUCCCAUAUACCUAUAUGUUCUUGUGCCUGAUCUUCCAAAAAGAGCAUUUGUUGAAGUAAAGCCUGUCCUCUUUGUCUCAAAGGAUGCAGACAUGGAAAAUGCAACUGUGCAUAGCCUAUCUCCUACAGUGCUGCCUAAUUGUUGGGGUUUUGAGCAGGCGCUUUGGCAUGAUUCUUGCAUUCAGAAAUGUGUUGUUAGUGGGAAGAUAUGUGCAGUACUUAUGUCUAUUACAAAUGACAUUGUUGCAAAAGUCUGUUCAGAGGCUCAAAGCGCCAAUGAGAAUGAGGAUCACCAAAAUUCUCUCACUAAGGUGCAGAUGGAAAGGAUUACAAGAUUUUGCAUUUACCUUCUUGAUAAAGUAGUUGUGGAAAGUGACUUUUCCUGGGAAGAAACAAUGACAUUGAGAUUCUACCUCCCGACAAGCCUUAGCAUGACUCUGGAGACAGUGUCACUCAUGUUCACAAGUGCUUUCAAAGAACUUUCUGAAAUGGGCAGGACGAUUCAAACUGGGGAAGAACCUGCGUUCAAUAUUGUUCCAGUCUUAGGCGCAGGGAAGUCUGUUGCAUCAAUGGAUGAUGUAAUCACCUGCGAAUUGUUUGCUCAGAAAUCCUGAGUGCUAUUGCCUUAUGAAUCAUGUACAAUAAUUGUAUUUGUCAUUUGGACCUCAUGAAGGAUACACCAAUACAAUGUCACUAUUAUCGCAUACACAAAUAUGUGGCUUGUCAACAUCGAUUUAUCAGUUGCUCAGCUCCACCAAAACGUCUCAAUUUUUCAUACCCAUAUCAUUUUGCUAUGUUACUAUUGCUUCCUGGUUACAUGCUAUUGUGACUCAAAUAAUAAUGGUCCCUUCACUAGGCAUCAGUUUUUAUGGAAGCAGAUGACAUGUUUCUUUUUUC